CUUAAGAAUAAUCAUCAAUCAAAGCCAAGAGGGCAGCCCCAGCGCGGUACGAACGAUACAAACGAAUCGAGUAUCGGACUCUCGGCGAUCUCUUGAUUUCGGAAUUCGGAGCACGAAGGAAGUGGGUCUGUACGUUUCCCGAGUAUCUGUUACUGAAUUUGCUGCUCUCACUCUCUCUUCAGAACCGUUUCUCCUUUUUCUCGCUCUAAAAGUCUACAUGAUUCUGUGACCUGGGCCGGCUUCGGGGCAGGGAAAGGAGUUGUGGCUUCUCGCUUCGACAAUGGUUAGCCGAUGGUCCAGUGGAUACUCGUGUUCUUCUUGUUGAAUAUGGCUUUGGCUUUCUUUUAAGCUGCAGUGGUGAACUAACUGUUCCAAUUUAUGUGGUUGAACGUAGUAUUUAUGAAUUCAGCAAUGGAAGGCUGGUCAAACACUUAUCCCUCUCCAAUUGCUGCCAAGGCUUCACGUUAUAGCUCCAAUGAUUGGUUUUACAAUGGACGGAAGAGGAUGAGAACGCUUGGUGAAGAGAAGCUUCAUGACAAUAAAGGUUCGUCUGCGCAUAUGAGUAUUGGAUCUGCACGGAAGAAAUCACGAGGUGCUUCACAUGUUAUUGAUUAUUCUGACCCAUUUUCAGUGUCUAAUUUGUUGGGGGACGUUGAAUCUGGUAAAUUUGGAAGUGUGACAAAAGACAUGAAGGACCUUAUUGCUCAGAGGACACAACUGCUGAAUUCUUUUUUUGCCAUGAAUCCUACACUUACAAAUGUGGAAUGGAGAAUGGGGGCUGAGGUUUCACAGGUGAACCAUGUGGAAUGGAGAAUGGGGGCUGAGGUUUCAAAGGUGAACCAACCAGUUACUUCUCUGGCUCAGGAGGAUGUCAUUGACUUGGAUGAUGACAGUGUUGUCAAUGAUGUUCCAGCCAAUCUUCCAAUUGUUCCUGUUGUGGUUAUUGAUUCAGAUGACGAAGUUAUAGGAGAUCAAAGAUCCUGCAACCCAUAUCAGGAAAUUGUCUUGAGGAAACCAGAUAGGGAGUUCCUAAUGAAGGAUUUUUUUAAUAUGGAAGAUGCUAAAAGUCGAAGUUUGAAGAAAGACAAAGUAAGGCUUACGUCUGAAAAUGAAGCUAGUAAGGACAAAGCUUCUGAAAAUGAAACCAGUAGGGACAAAGGUGUUUAUCUUGGGGUAAAGGAUGAUAUGGAAAUUGAGGAAGGUCAGCAAACUGGUUCUGAUAAUGAAGGUCUAGAUGACAUCUGGAAGGAGAUGACUGUUGCAUUAGAAUGUUCCAAGGAUACUGCCGAAGACCCUUUGCCUUAUGAACAAGUAAGAGAUGAUCAAGAUGAGUGUGACCAUUCUUUUGUAUUGAAGGAUGAUCUUGGUUAUGUUUGUCGAAUAUGUGGAGUUAUCCAAAGGAGCAUUGAGACCAUCAUUGAGUACCAGUAUGCGAAGGUCACAAGGAAUGCACGAACAUACAGUUAUGAAUCCCGUACUGUGAAGGACAAAGAGGCUACUGAAAUGUUUCGUGAUGGAAGUAAAUUAUCUGGACAUGAUUUCGUUGUUGACAACAUAUGUGCUCAUCCCAGGCACAGGAAACAGAUGAAACCACAUCAAGUUGAGGGAUUUAAUUUUCUACUCAGUAACUUGGUUGCAGAGAGUCCGGGCGGCUGCAUCAUGGCCCAUGCUCCAGGCUCUGGGAAAACUUUCAUGAUAAUUAGUUUUAUGCAGAGUUUUCUGGCUAAGUUUCCCUAUGCUAGACCACUAGUGGUACUACCAAGAGGCAUAUUAGCUACUUGGAAAAAAGAAUUCAAGAGGUGGCAAGUUGAGGACAUUCCCCUGUUGGACUUUUACUCUGUAAAAGCAGAUAAUCGGUCACAACAGCUAGAAGUGUUAAACCAGUGGGCUGGUCAGCGAAGCAUUCUCUUUCUCGGGUACAAGCAAUUUUCUUCUAUUGUUUGUGACAGUGAAAACAGUAUUGCCGCAAUUGCCUGCCAAGAGAUACUUCUUGAAUUGCCGUCCAUUCUCAUAUUGGAUGAAGGCCAUACCCCUAGGAAUGAGAACACUGAUGUCCUGAACUCCCUGAAGAAAGUGCAGACGCCUCGAAAAGUUGUGCUUUCAGGGACUCUGUAUCAGAAUCAUGUCAAGGAAGUCUUCAACAUCUUUGAUCUGGUCCGCCCAAAAUUUUUGCGGUUGGAUACUUCCCGCAGCAUUAUAAGGCGAAUAUUAUCCAGAGUACCUAGUGUGAGAAAACAUGUUAAGGCAAAGGGCUUGGAAAAUGUCUUUUAUGAAUCAGUGGAGCGUACACUACAGAAAGAUGAAAAUUUCAAGAGGAAAAUAACUGUUAUUCAGGAUUUACGUGAAAUGACAAGUAAGGUUCUCCAUUUCUACAAAGGAGAUUUUCUUGAUGAAUUGCCCGGUCUAGUUGACUUCACAGUGUUCCUUAGCCUCAGCCCUAAACAGAGGCGUGAAGUUGAAGAAUUGAAGAAGUUGGGCAGGAAGUUCAAGAUAAGUUCUGUUGGAAGUGCACUAUAUAUUCACCCACACUUGAGAUAUUCCUUGAAGGAUUCUUCAACUGGACUCGAUGAUGCCCAAAUGGACCAGAUUUUGGAGAAGGUGGAACUCAGAGAAGGUGUAAAGGCGAAGUUCUUCUUCAAUCUGUUAGCACUCUGUGAGUCUGGCGGGGAAAAACUGCUCGUCUUUAGCCAGUACCUGCAGCCGCUCAAGUUCUUGGAGAGGCUAGCAGUGAAAAUGAAGGGAUGGAGCCUCGGAAAAGAAAUCUUUGUAAUCACGGGUGAUUCUAGUUCUGAGAAUAGAGAGUUGUCCAUGGAUCGCUUCAAUACUUCCCCUGAGGCUCGCGUCUUUUUUGGCUCGAUAAAAGCAUGUGGGGAAGGGAUAUCUCUGGUAGGCGCCUCCCGUGUAAUCAUAAUAGAUGUGCAUUUGAAUCCAUCCGUUACCCGGCAGGCCAUUGGACGAGCAUUCCGGCCAGGUCAAGAGAAGAAAGUUUACAUAUACCGCUUGGUGGCUGCUGACUCACCUGAAGAAGAAGACCACUGGACCUGUUUUAAGAAGGAGUCAAUUGCAAAAAUGUGGUUCGAAUGGAAUCAGUAUUGUGGUCAGAACGAAUUUGAAAUGGAGACUGUGAGUGUAUCAGAGUGCGGCGACCAGUUCUUGGAAUCGCCGAGGUUAAGCGAAGACGUCAAAGCUUUGUACAAGAGGUAAAUGAUGCGGUAGGGAUGAGGAGGCAUGGGGAUGGGGUGCAGAUGUGAAUUUUGUACAUGCUUGAAUUUUGUAGAUGCGAAUUUAAUUAGGCCUCAACAGGAAAAUUGUUAAGUUGGUUUGUACAUAUGAAUACACCUACCUGGCUACCAACAAUAUUAAAAUGUUCUCUAAUUGUAUUUUGAAAACUUUGACAAUGGUACGCCUUUAGGUUGGUUGGUUGUUGUUUUUUUUUUUUUUUUUUUAAUGUUUUAAAAUUUUGGAUAUCCAUAAAAAUCAAUUCUAGAUAUUAGUUUUGUUUGGUUGAAUGUUUAUGUUUGAUUUCGAUAU